AUGGAGGAAGGUUAUUGUUUUACAGCUUGUGCUGCUGUUUUUAUCAUGGUAUCAGAGCCUGGAGAUGCCUCCUACCCCUUUUUCUCAUCCUACAUGUCAUGGAGACACGUUGUCCUUAGGGCUUUAUCUGUUAAAAGUAAAACUAGAUUCAUCAAUGGCAAAGUCGUGAAGCCAGAUCCUGCAGAUCCAACCUUCAUGCAGUGGGAAAGGUGUGAUGAUAUGGUGACUUCUUGGAUACUGAAUUGUCUUUCACCAGAUCUGCGAGAUAGCUUGCAAUAUGUUAACAAUGCCAAGGACCUUUGGGAGGGUGCUCUAGAUGUUACUGGUUACUAUACUAAAAUGAAGAAAUUAUGGGAGGAGAUGAACACUCUUGAUGUCAAUUCUCAGUGCACUUGUGUGUCUGUGGUGGAAAGAUCAAAAUACAUAAGGCUGAACAAAAUAGAAGACUCAUACAUUUUCUGA